AACUCAAAUCACUCACUCAAUCCACCUCUGACUACCGAGAUAGAGAAGACCUCUGUGCACUUUGACUCAGAGUUUUGAGUUCUGACAUGCCUUCAGCGGGACUGGAGAUACUUGGAUUGGUUCUGGCUGUCCUGGGAUGGAUCUCAGCCAUUGUAUCCUGCGCCUUGCCCAUGUGGAGAGUGUCAGCUUUCCUUGGGGCGAACAUCAUCACAGCGCAAACCACCUGGGAAGGCAUCUGGAUGAACUGCAUGUUCCAGAGCACAGGUUUGAUGCAGUGUAAAACCUACAACUCCUUGUUGGAUCUCAGCCCAGAUCUUCAGGCCGCCCGUGCCCUCACUAUCAUCUCCAUCUUGGUGGCUAUCGUGGGAGUUCUGGUGGCCAUAAUGGGUGCAAAAUUCACCAACUGUGUGGAUGAAGAGUCGGCCAAAGCUCGGGUUAUGAUAGCCGCCGGGGUGAUCUUCAUCGUGGCUUCUCUGGCUCAGCUGAUCCCUGUGUCGUGGUCUGCCAGUACUAUCAUCAAGGAGUUCAACAAUCCAUUUCCACUAAAGGAACAGAAGAAGGAGCUAGGUGCUUCUCUGUACUUGGGCUGGGCUGCAGCUGCAUUUCUGCUCAUUGGAGGGGGCAUCCUCUGCUCCAGUUGCCCCCCAAAACCUAAGAAAAGGUACAGCCCUCCAUCAAACAUGAUGCAUUCCCAAACCAGGUCGCUGGCCCCAAGUGGUCACAACAGGAGAGACUAUGUCUGAGCUUGCACCUGCUCUUUUCUCACACCUUUGCCAUCAUGGAAAAUACUGCACUGGAGAGGACAGUGGUCCUUUUUAUAACCUAUAUAUACACACACAUCUGUCUUCAUGUUGAAAAAGAGGAAACUUUUUAUGAUUGUAAUGCCACCAUAUAAUGUAUGCCCUAUAGAACAGAGCCUACAUCAAACUUGUUUUUCUUUGUUAAAUGUUUUGUGUGUAACUUUGAGGCUAACAACUAUGUUAGUGCCCUGUGUUUUAUACUUUAUGAAAGUAAUUGCAUCAUUUGUGAUUCAAAUUUAGAGAAUAGGUGACUCUGCAUUCAUGCUAUAUUGACUGUAUGUUUUAUAAAAAACCUUCAGUUUUGAUUAAGAAGUUCAACAAAGCCUGUCAUGAAGUCACUUAAUGCAUAGUUGUCAUUAUACAUUUUGUAAAUCACUGUAUCUGAAAUGUGUUGUGUCUGACAUGUUAUUUUUAUUUAAAGGCCUUGUUUGAUUUUAA